UCAAAGUUGGUGCUAGCCUGGCUGAUGUAGAUCCAAUGAACUUGGAUCGAUCGAUUCGCUUUGAUAGUGUCGGAGGUCUGAGCCAGCACAUAUAUGCAUUGAAAGAAAUGGUGGUUUUCCCAUUGUUGUAUCCAGAGAUCUUUGAGAAGUUCAAGAUCCAACCACCCAGGGGAUGUUUGUUUUACGGUCCCCCUGGAACGGGAAAAAACCUUAGUGGCGCGAGCUUUGGCCAACGAAUGCAGCCAGGGUGACAGGAAGGUUUCUUUCUUUAUGCGCAAAGGAGCAGACUGCCUCAGCAAGUGGGUGGGAGAGUCAGAGCGUCAACUACGGCUUCUGUUCGAUCAAGCGUAUGUGAUGAGGCCGUCUAUAGUAUUUUUUGAUGAAAUAGAUGGACUGGCUCCAGUUCGCUCUAGCAGGCAAGAUCAGAUCCAUAGGU